AUAAUUAAUUUGAUGUAUUAUUAUUAUUUCAUCCACCAAAUUUCCACGAGAAUUGUAGAAAGAAUAAGGAAAUCGCAAAAAAUGGAAGCCAAGCUUCUAUUAUUCAGCACAAUGUUGAUCUUUGCCUGUGUCUCCUUUCCAGUCUAUUCAUGGGAUUAUGAUGAAUGCACCUACGUAAUCUACGUGCAAACCGGCAAUGCACAAACCGUAACAACGUAUGCUAAAGUGAACCUUGAAUUACGUGACAAAUAUUUCAAUCGCUUUAACAUCACAAACCUUCAAUCUUGGGGGAUUAUGAGCAAAUAUCAUUACUACUUUAGAAGUGGAAAUUUGGAUACAUUUGCUGUGAAAGGCAAUUGCUUAAGAGGCCCCCUUUGUAGCAUGACAUUAAGUCAUGAUAACACCGGCGUAUCUCCCGGCUGGUACGUGGACUAUGUUGAAGUUACCUCUAUUGCACCAAGUCGGGGUUGUCGGAAGAUUAAUUUCCCGGUUAAUGCGUGGUUGGCCGUCGAUGAGCCACCGUUUGGUACCGCUAGUCGGGGUGUGUGUUUGUGUGAUGAGAUUAUUAGAGAUGAUGUAUAUGCUCCUAGCUAGAAGAUUUGAUUCGGCCUCUAAUUUGGUUAUGCUACAAUUAUAUAACUUGUAGUGCAUUAUUGCUUAGUUAUUGAUUGAGUUUUGCCCUUUGGCUUUAAUUGGAAUGUGUGAUGAAAAUGAGAAAUGUGUUGUAUGUAUUGGGAUAUUUUUCUAUUUAAGUAAGGGAUAGGUCAAGUGGUUAGAGCUUCCCUCCCGAUCCAAUGAGGUUCUGGGAUCGAUUCUCACCCCCGCCCUUGUGGCUC